ACUUCCUGUGGCGGCAUUUCCUUCUGCAACAGAAAGCCAAGCAGGGGUGGCCUCUUUCCAGAUGGAUGUAUUUAGUGUUGCCUUUCAUACUUCACGGGUGGAGGUGGAGUAUGGGGAACCUGCUGUACUGCACUGUUACGGCUCAGUCUUGGAAGAAAAAGGGGUGGUGCACUGGGAGCUAAGAGGAGAGGAUGUGAUAAUUCUACGAGAAGGAGAAGCACAAGUUUCAGAAAAAUUUAAGGGUCGGGUUGAGCUGCCUUCAGAGGAGCAGAUCAGGGAAGGGAACUGGUCUAUAGUCCUCAGAGAAACCAGACUCAGAGAUGCUGAUAUGUAUGAGUGCAUCUUUGGAGGAGCAACUACAAUAUCAACUGUCUGGCUCUCAGUCAGUGAGCCCCAAGUCGACCCGUUCAUCACUGCAUUUGAGGGCACUGAGGUGGACCUGGCAUGCUUCAUUAAACCUGAGAGAGAACACAUAAAGCGUUUUUAUUGGACUAUGAAUGGCAGAUUUCUCAUUCAACAUGACCACCAAACCCUUAGCGUAAUGAUGUACCGGUACAAGUUUCCUAAAUCAAUGAAAUUUAAUGAAGAAGAGUUUCAUCUUUAUUUGAGACCAACUAGGAAUGAAAGUGGGAAGUACCAAUGUUGGUAUACAACUGGGGAGUCUGACAGUCCUAAACUUGCAUUACCAGAAAGCUACACACUAACUGUGGUUGGGUUAACCAUUGAUCCUGGUAAUCUUCAUUCCUUUAAAACGACUACAGACGUUCUCCCCCCUUCAGAAACAGCGUUUGACAUGGAAGAGACAAAUAAAAAUGUCUGGGGGAGCUCUGUUAUAUUUUUGCUAGAUGCGACGACUGCUGCUGGGACUUCAGAUACACCUACUGAUCAUCUACCAGUUACUUUGGAAAUGUCCACUCAGGUAAUGGAAGCUACAGAAUCUGUUGAGACAUCCUCAGUAAAACAAACCAGAACAUCCCAAGAGAUGGUGACCCUCCUUUCAGAUGAGGCGAAUGCUGUUGAAGCCACUGGAUUCCAAACUGAGCUUCCUGGUCUACUGGAAGUCUCCACCCAGCUGAUUCAAGACAACCUGGUUGCAACCUGGAGUGUUUUCCAGCUUGGGGAUUUCCCAUGGGUUCGGAUUGGAAUUAUUGGUGGAGUUCUGCUGAUCACAGUCGUGGUUCUGUGUGUUCUCAGAGCUCUCCACCAUAUUUAGUUCACAGGAGGGGACAUGGAUCACCGCUUACAAUGUUCAGUUUAGUUAGGGAUGAAUCAGUAGAUCAGUGGCCACGGCAACCAACACAUCAUCUGCAUGGGAAUAUUUGGGAACUGCAGAAACGAUUGUGUGGAAUUUCUGAAACACAUCGCAGAAUCGGUGACAAAGGGCAGCCCUGGCGGAGUCCAAUUCUCACUGGAAACGAGCCCGACUUACUGCCGUCAAU